GGGGCAUUUACACACAUACAGAUUCUGCGACAAUGUAUGGACCUUCAUAUUGCAGGAUGCAUUAUUCAAGAACGAAGAAACCCAGGAGAACGUGGGCCGUGUUAAGAUAGUAGCAUGUGAUUCGAAGCUGCUCACACAAUGAGGUUCUGGGAAGCGAUGAACCCCAUUCGGUAACUCUUGAUGGUAAGGCGAGGAAGGAUGGGAGCAUGAUGAAGGAGCACUGAAACCGGGAACUAGUUUUACCAAAAUUUCAAAAGAAAAAAAGAAAAGAAUAUUGUUGUAUAGCCAUCAUCCAUCAUGAUCAUCAUCAUCUCAAACCCCUCUUAUCAUCUUGAUGUUUGCAAGAGAACAGAGAACUUCUGGCUCUGGAUUAUAUAUCAUGCUUUAUUUUGUAAGUUCUUAUCUUUUUUAAGACUUUCCGAGAAAUUAUCAAUGUUGUUAUGAGAUGAUGAGACAGAGAUGUAGUAGUGAAUUGAGAGUUGAGAAGUCCACUGUGGACUAUUAUUCCAUCAAUGUCAGUCUAUCAAUUGUAACGCCAUGAAUUCUUUUUCUAUACCCUCUACCGGGUGCUGUCUCGUGAAUUGUUUGCAGGUUAUUUCCUCUUCUGUUCAAGGGUUCUUUGGUUCUGUGUUUGUUCUUGGUCUGCAGCGUCUAACAAACAGGUUAAUCCAUGCUUUCCCACCACGUUUCACGUGUUGGGAUCGGCGGCGGCGGCGGCGACCCUUUUGGUUGAUUUGCCGUCGUUGUCGAAUCCAAAUGCAGGGAUGGAAAUGGAAUCGGAAGCCCAAGUCAGGGAGAAGUUGUGCAGCUCUCUUUCUCUGCAAGUGGUCCACUAAUUAUAUGGGUGGAAUCGGAUUCUGGGUUUUGAUAGGACCGACUUUUUGGAAAAGAUGAGACCCCAAGAAUCUGCCACUAAGUUUUGGCACUGGAAUUUCAGAGGAACUAGAGCGGACGGCGGAGAAAAUUGCCAUGGCAGGCAAGGGCAACUAACUGCUUCGGCGUGUUGUAAAAUUGUGAAAAUGAAAGGAGAAUUGAACGGUUUCCAGCUCUUAUGCCCAUGGGAGACUGAAAAGCCAGGGAUUCCUGAAACCGACAGAAAGACUAAAGAAGAAGAAUCGCCUGGAUUCGAUAUUUGCCUUAUAAAGAAGCAAGAUGAGCUCUGAAGUGUGAUUCCGAGGAGAAGAUCACCAUUCAUCCGGCUGCUGCAAUGGCAGCCUCAAAGGUUCCUCCACGAGCUCAUCAGUUUCAGCUCGUGGACGGCAUGCAACUCCAGAUUAAUGUAAGUGGAUCUUUGAAUGGACGCAACGUUAGAGUUGAGCUCCAGCUGAAGAAUUGCAACAGGACUUGGGUUCUCCACUGGGGUUUCACUUUCCCAGGCAACAGGAGCUGGUUCAUUCCUGGUGAUGGAUCAAACUCCUACAAGCCUGGUGCACUGCAGACCCCAUUUACUAAGAGUGGAGAUUUAUAUGUUGUCAACAUCGAGCUGCUGGAUCCAAAGAUUCAAGCUAUUGAAUUUGUCUUGAAAGAUGGUAGCCGCGACAGAUGGUUGAAACUGAACAAUGGGAAUUUCAGAGUGGAGCUACCUGAACAUGAUGAAAAUGUUGUCACUCAGCAUAUACCAAAAGAUGUGGUUGACCGCAGGGCUUAUCAGAUCUGGGAAAGGAAGGGUAGGCCAAUGGGCUCACCGCAGCAACAGAAGCAAGAUUAUGAUGAUGCUGUAAGGGAGCUUCAAUUCCAGUUAUCCAGAGGAUUGGCUUUGGAUGAGCUACGGGGAAAUUCCAACGCUGAAGUUACCAGAACUCCGACUCUUACUAGAGAUCUGCCCAAGGAUCAAACGGUAAAAUCUCUUUACCGCAGGAGACAUGAUGUGGGGCAGUGGUUGCAUAAGCCAAUGGGACGCAGCAAAAGCUUCAAUCGCCAAGUGUCCGCCUUGAUGGAUCUCGUGGAGAAACGUUACGGAGGAGGAGAUGAUGUGGUGUCUAGACAGAGCUAUUAUGCAGGCAACUGUGAGAUAGUGGUCCUUUUCAGAGUAAUUAGAGGUGAAGUUCAUGUUUUGGUGGCAAUGAACAUUAAAGGUUCCAUCGUUCUUCACUGGGGUUUAUCCAAGUUGUCUUCGGUGGAGUGGUUGGCUCCUCCACCUGAUCUACUGCCUGAGAAAUCGAAACUUGUGCCUGGUGCUUGUCAGACAUAUUUCACUGAAGUAGCCACAUCAAAUGGGUUCUUUCAGGUUGUGGAGAUAAAUCUGCGGCAACAGAAGUUUGAGGGCAUUCAGUUUGUGAUAUGGACAGGCGGUUCAUGGAUAAAAAACAAUGGGGCAAACUUUUCUGUCAAUUUGAAGGCAAUCAAUGGCAGGGGAGAAGUGAAAGGCAGCAUGAACUGGUUACUUGAUGAGAUAGCUCAACGUGAAAAGGAGGCUGAGAGGUCCUUGAUGCACAGGUUUAGCAUUGCUACAGAACUAACAGAUCGCUGCAAGGGUGAAGGCGAGUUGGGUUUGAUUGGGAUAUUAGUGUGGCUGAGGUUCAUGGCCAGUAGGCAUCUCACCUGGAACAAGAAUUACAAUGUCAAACCUCGUGAAAUUAGUGAAGCCCAAGAUAAGUUCACGAACCUACUGCAAAGGAUCUAUUUGAACCAGCCGAGUGAGAGAGAGAUUGUGCGACUAAUUAUGUCAUGUGUUGGCCGUGGAGGCAAAGGUGAUGUUGGGCAGAGAAUACGUGACGAGAUACUUACUAUUCAGAGAAAUAAUGAGUGCAAAACUGGGAUGAUGGAGGAAUGGCACCAAAAGUUGCACAACAACAGCAGCCCGGAUGAUAUCAUCAUUUGUGAGGCACUCUUGAAUUAUGUAACCAGUGGUUUCAGAACUGAUGUUUACUGGCAAACACUGAAUGCCAAUGGGUUGACAAAAGAGAAGCUUGCCAGUUAUGACCGUCCAAUUACAUCAGAACCUCGUUUCAGAAGCGAUGCUAAAGACGGUCUCAUCCGAGACCUUACCAUGUAUUUGAAGACAUUAAAAGCUGUACACUCAGGUGCUGACCUUGAAUCUGCAAUUGAGAGCUGUUUGGGCCCUCCUUCCAAUGGGCACUACCGUGGAAGCCCAGACCGAAUUGCUUCUAUUGGUGGCCUAACACUAAAGCUACAGGACUCCUUGAACUUUGUCAGAUCCCAUGUUGCUGAUCAGAAUAUAGCUCCUCUGAUGGAGAAAUUACUGGAAUCUCGGAUUGAACUCCGCCCGUUCCUGUUAACAAGUCAUGGAAAAGCUAAAGACACUCUUUUUCUUGAUCUUGCUCUGGAUUCAACGGUCAGAACAACGUUGGAAAGGGCACUCAAAGAUCUGAGCUCUGUGCAACCGCCUGAAUUUGCAUUCUACAUUACUUUGGUGCUGGAAAAUUUAUGCCUUUCCACAGUCAAUAAUGAGGACCUCAUUUAUUCCAUAAAGGUACAUUACGGUUACUGCCCCUAUCUCAGAUAUCCCUUGAAUUGCUUGAAUGAAGAGAUGAAUGUGUAUGUUCAAUUUUCCCAUUUUACAUUCCCCGUUAAUCGUAGCUUCAGUCAAGUCCACCCAGAAAACGAACCCGCUUUACACUCUUAACCAUUAAUGGCUGCUUGUAUCUGUUCUAAGGUUCUUCCUUUAGUUUCUGGUACCACCUUGAUUACAAA